AUGGAAAGAAGACUUCGUGAAGCAUCACUAAAAGGGAGCGUAAAUUCUUUGAUUGGAUUGAUCAAAGAGGACGAGCUCAUUCUUGAUAGAGUGAUUGUGGAUUGCUCGGCGGAGACUCCUUUGCACAUAGCAGCAAUUCUUGGGCAUGUUGAUUUUACUAGAGAGCUUCUACGCCUUAAGCCUGAACUUGUUUUCGAGCUUGACUCACGACGACGCACACCCCUUCACUUGGCAUCGGCAAAAGGAUAUACUGAAAUCGUAAAGGAGUUGGUAUCGGUUGGGGCUGAUGCUUGCUCCGUUCGUGAUCGUGAUGGGAAAACCCCUCUUCAUUUAGCAGCAAUGAAAGGCCGAGUAGAUGUCCUCAGAGAGCUAGUUCGGGUGAGACCCGAAGCAGCUAGGGUCCGUGCCGAUCAUGGGCAGACCAUUCUACACCUUUGUGUGAAGCAUGACCGAUUAGAGGUGCUGGAGCUAUUGUUGAGCUUAGUGAGUGACGAUGAGUUUGUGAACUCCAAAGAUGACAGUGGCAACACUAUCCUCCAUAUUGCAGUGGCUAAUAAGCAGGUUGAGACUGUAAGAUAUUUGCAUGGCAGAAUAGCAAGUAUAGACAGCAAGGAUAUUGAAAACAAGCUGAGAGCUUCAAGAGAUGGCGAAAUUAAGAUAAGCAGUUUGAUGGUGGUGGCUUCACUGAUUGCAACCGUGGGAUUUCAGGUGGGAGUUAACCCUCCAGGUGGUGUCUGGCAAGAGACCAAAUACUUCAACGAAACAGCUGGUAUUUGGCAGCAAGACGAGAAGGAUAUAAAUUUUGACUUGGUGUAUUAUGACCAUGUUUCGAAGAUACGGUUUGCAGGAAUGUCUGUAAUAGCUGAUGAAAGCCCAUAUGAAUUCCGAGUAAUAUUGGGAAGCAACACAUUAGGUUUGUUGGCCUCUAUGAGCAUAAUCUUAUUGCUCAGAAGUGGAUUACCAGUGAAGAGUAGGAUAUUUAUGUGGAUGCUGAUGGUGAUCAUGUGGGUGGCCAUCUCUUCAAUGGCACUCACGUAUGCGUUUGCCAUAUCGUACAUGACCGCGGUUAUAGAAUGGUUUAGCACUGUUGUGCCGCUACCGAAAAAAGUAUUGGUAAAAGAUGAUAUUAGCACCUAUUAUAUAACGUUAUGGACGGUAUAUGGGUGGUUUGGGUUGAUGGCUCUUAUCCUCUUCAGCCACUUUGUUCGAUUGCUGUUGAAGUACUGGAAGAGAAGAUUAUACAAUGUUGGUCCAUUGCUGUUAAGGGGGCCGACAAAGUUAAUUGGAAUGUUUAAGAGGAGGAGGAUGAACGGCGGAGUGAGCAUCUGA